AUGAGUUUGCCAGGCGCAAGCGGUUCGGGGAUAACCCCAGGCUUCACCAGUGCGGGGUUGCCUCCAUCAACGACGGGACUAAACGAACAGGAGCAGGCUAUGGUUAAGAUGAUGACCAGCGCCAUGGAGUCGUGUCCAGUCAAAACGGUAAUGGCGGGAGGAAUGGGAUUUGCACUGGGAGGUGCCUUCGGCUUGUUCAUGAGCAGUAUGUCAUACGACACACCUCUCACCCCCCAGGGACAACAAAUUUCCUCCCUGCCGGUGCGCGAGCAACUUCGACGGGGUUUCAAAGACAUGGGAUCUCGAUCGUAUAGCAGCGCGAAGAACUUUAUGGUUGUCGGUGCUCUGUUCAGUGGAACAGAAUGCUGCAUUGAAGGGCUCCGGGCUAAAAACGACCUUGCUAACGGUAUUGCCGCCGGAUGCAUCACUGGUGGAAUACUUGGCGCCAAAGCAGGUCCUCAGGCGGCUCUCCUGGGAUGCGCUGGAUUCGCGGCGUUCAGUGCGGCCAUCGACGCGUACAUGCGACAGCCUUCCGAUUAA